CCCGGUAACCAUUCUUCCUACCUCCUCACCGGAGCGGAGCUCUCUCCCGUUCCUCAGAUCGGAAUUUCGCCGGAGCCGCCCGCCUCCACCUCAGGCCGCGGCAGCCCUCCAAGAUCCGCCGGUAAUGGCGCCGCCACCUCCCUGACCAGCCCGCCCUCCCGCCCGACUUACUCCCGCAUCCCCCACCGACGCCGCAAGCGCAAGUGCUGCAGAUUGAUACAGAGGAUUCCUGAAGCUCAAGAAACACAGAUGGUAGUUGCAUAAUGCAGCCUUCAGAUAUCUGGAAGGCGCAUGCCGGACCACCAUCACCCCAACCAUCGCUGGACAUGGAGAGAAACGGCUGCAGCAGCCAUCACCAUAACUGCUGCCCGUCCCCGUCGCCACUCCAGCCAGUUGCCUCAGCCGGCCAGCACUCCGAGAGCAGCGCUGCCUACUUCUCCUGGCCUACGUCUACCCUGAUGCACGGGUCCGCCGAAGGCCGCGCCAACUACUUUGGGAACCUGCAGAAGGGGGUCCUCCCGGGCCACCUUGGCCGCCUCCCGAAGGGGCAGCAGGCCACCACCUUGCUUGACUUGAUGAUCAUAAGGGCGUUCCACAGCAAGAUCCUGAGGCGGUUUAGUCUGGGCACGGCGAUCGGGUUCCGGAUCAGGAAGGGGACGCUGACCGACACGCCUGCGAUCCUCGUGUUUGUUGCGAGGAAGGUGAACAAGAAGUGGCUUAGGCCUACGCAGUGUCUUCCAGCUGCCCUUGAGGGGCCUGGGGGUGUGUGGUGUGAUGUUGACGUUGUUGAAUUCUCUUAUUACGGUGCACCUGCAGCGACUCCCAAGGAACAACUGUAUGAUGAGCUUGUGGAUGGAUUGCGUGGCAGUGAUCCAUCUAUUGGUUCUGGUUCACAGGUAGCUAGCCUUGAAACCUAUGGGACUUUGGGUGCCAUUGUGAAGAGUCGAUCUGGCAACAAGCAAGUAGGCUUCCUAACCAACAGACAUGUUGCAGUUGACCUGGAUUAUCCUAAUCAGAAGAUGUUCCAUCCCUUGCCCCCUAAUCUUGGACCUGGAGUUUACCUAGGUGCUGUUGAGAGAGCAACAUCUUUUAUCACUGAUGAUGUUUGGUAUGGUAUCUAUGCAGGAACAAACCCAGAAACAUUUGUCCGGGCUGAUGGUGCAUUUAUACCGUUUUCGGACGACUUUGACAUUACUAAUGUCAGCACUUCAGUUAAAGGAGUGGGACUCAUUGGUGAUAUCAAGGCAAUCGAUCUACAGUCCCCAAUUGGCAGUCUCAUUGGUAAGCAGGUUGUUAAAGUGGGAAGAAGCUCAGGUCUGACAACAGGGACCGUCAUGGCAUAUGCUCUUGAGUACAAUGAUGAGAAGGGCAUAUGCUUUUUUACUGACUUUCUCGUUGUCGGGGAGAACCAGCAAACGUUUGAUCUUGAAGGGGACAGCGGAAGCCUUAUAAUCUUAACAGGACAAGACGGUGAGAAGCCACAGCCUAUAGGGAUUAUAUGGGGUGGCACGGCUAAUCGUGGAAGGUUGAAGCUGAAAAGCGGUCAGGGUCCAGAGAACUGGACGAGUGGAGUUGAUCUCGGCCGCCUUCUUGAUCUCCUUGAGCUUGAUCUAAUCACAACGAGUGAAGGUUUGCAAGAGGCCCUGGAAGAACAGAGGAUCACUAUAGCAGCAGCUGCUGCUGCAGCUAAUUCUACGGCCACAGAAUCAUCACCAGUAGCCACCCCCCAGGAGAACGAGAAAGUCGACAAGAUCUACGAGCCCCUCGGUAUCAAUAUCCAGCAACUUCCCCGAGACGGUUCUGCCAACUCGACGGACCAACCCAACGAGUUCCACGUCGACACAGUGGAAGGGAUGAACAACGUCGAGGAGCGCCAGUUCAUCCCAAACCUGAUCGGCAUGUCUCCUAUGCGCGAUGCUCAGGAAGGCAAUGGCGAGUUGGAGAACCUGGCGGAGCUGCAGAACUCGCCUGAGGACAUCUGUUUCUCUCUGCACCUGGGCGAGCGGGAGCCAAAACGGCUCCGCUCUGAUUCCACAACUGUGGACAUAGACUUACAGAAGUGAGGGAACUGCAUUAUGACGCAGCAGCGUCUUAUUCAUUCCAUCAUUGAGCAUUUGUAAUUUGUAUGCAUUAUUAUUUGAGGCGAUUCGGAUCUGUGCCAGCAGUGGAAAAAUAAACCUUCUGUGUAAACCAGCUGUAUCGAGUUUAAGUAAGUAGUUUCAGGUGAAAA